CCUGUCGGCGGCGCGGCGCGGGGCGGGCGGCGCUCCCCGCCAGCGCAGCGGCAUGAAGGAGCCGUCGCUGCCCGGCACCUCGCUGCAGCGGGCCUGCCGCCUCCUUGUCGCUUUCUGCGCCCUGCACCUCUCGGCCACGCUGCUCUACUACCUGGCGGGCAGCGCCCUGGGGCCGCCGGGCAGCCCCGAGCCGCCGCCGCGCCGCCCCCCGCCCGCCAACCUCUCGCUGCCGCUCUCCCGCCCGCCGCCGCCCGCCCGGGCCCGGCCCCCGCCCGCCGAGCCCCCGCCGCCGCUCGGCCCCUGCCCCGAGCCCUCCCCGCUGCUCGUUGGUGCGCUGCGUGUGGAGUUUUCCCAGCCUGUAAACCUGGAAGAAGUGGCAAGAAUAAAUCCAGAGAUCAAAGUAGGAGGUCGUUUUGCUCCGAAGGACUGUAUAGCACUUCAGAAAGUAGCAAUAAUCAUACCAUUCAGGAACCGAGAGGAGCACCUGAAGUACUGGCUCUAUUACUUGCACCCAAUUCUCCAAAGGCAGCAACUUGAUUAUGGAGUAUAUGUUAUCAACCAGGAUGGAGAGGAAGAAUUUAACCGUGCUAAACUGCUGAAUAUAGGAUUCGCAGAGGCUUUGAAAGAGUAUGACUAUGAUUGCUUUGUGUUUAGUGACGUAGACCUCAUCCCAAUGGAUGACAGGAACACCUACAAAUGUUACAGCCAGCCGCGGCACCUCUCUGUAUCCAUGGAUAAAUUUGGAUUUCGGUUGCCUUACAAUCAGUAUUUUGGAGGUGUGUCUGCCUUGAGCAAAGAGCAGUUCACAAAGAUCAAUGGGUUCCCAAACAAUUACUGGGGCUGGGGUGGCGAAGAUGAUGACAUUUAUAACAGGCUGGUGUUUAAAGGCAUGGGGAUAUCCCGUCCAGAUGCCAUCAUUGGGAAGUGCAGAAUGAUCCGGCAUACUCGGGACAGGAAGAACGAACCCAACCCUGAGAGGUUUGACCGAAUUGCUCACACAAGGGAGACAAUGAACUCCGACGGCUUAAAUACACUAUCCUACAAGGUGUUAAGAACUGACAAGUACCCUCUGUAUACAAAGAUCACAGUGGAUAUUGGCUCGCCAAAUAGCUAACAUCUGAGAUACAACAGAGACUUGCCUAUAUUGCCCAGGACAUCUGGCCUCACUGAUGCAUUAUAUCUGCUGAUUUUAUAACAACUGCAGUGAACCAAAAAAAGGCCUCUUUUGGCAUGCCAAAGUGUCUCCAAAUUGGUUGGACAAGUGCUUUUUUUUUUUUAAGUUUUUAAAUUCUAAACUUGACUUUACACAACUUUCUAGCUCUCCAUUGUUUUGUAAGUCCAGAAGUUGUAUAUAGGAGUUGUAAAUAUUUACCAGAAAAUGUUGAAUCUGAUCUAUUUGCUGCAGUACUCCCCAUGGGUUGAGUUAAUUUCUGGACCCAAAUUUUACUGAUUAUGACUGAUGUAUCAACAAUUACUGCCCAUGAGAUUUGGUAUUUUACAUGAGGUGCGUGCAGACAUUCUUUUUAAUUCAUUCCUGGUUUUACUUUAUGAAGGACUGUAAAAUGCUGCUAAAAUUGUACAAGUUUACGCUUUGCAUUAGAUUUUAAUUUUUUUUUUAAAGGAGACAACAUCACACAUUUUUUUCUCGUAGUGACCAAAACAAACAUCUUCUCUGUGUGCAGAGCAGGUGUUGAACAAUCAAGUCUGGAUUCAAUGAAUGUUAUUAUUUCUCUUCUUCUCAAAGGAGUCUUUGAGUGAGUCGAGACAGAGUUUGCUGGAAUUUGUCAGUGAGCUCUCUGCAUAGGUUGGGAGCUACACAGGCAGCAUCUGCAAAAACUGCUGGCUUCAGAUAAUGUUACUUCUGGAUAUGAUAGAGCCUAUUUGCUUCCGCACAACAACACCUGGGGGUUUUCGGGGGGGUUGAGAGAGGUGGGUUUGUAGUGUUGGGUUUUUUCCCCUGAAAUAAAGAUUAAUUUAAUUGCAUGAUUAAAUUAUGGCCUUAGAAUUUGCCGACACUUGUUAACGGUGGUAGGAAGUUACCACACUAUUUAAACAUUGUCUGAAGCUUCAUAAAACCAAAAUUCUCUCUUGCAAGAUUGUGCAUAAAACUUGAAAUCUUUUAUUACUUUUGUUGUUGUCGUAACAUUUUAAUAACUUUUAAAAGUAAUUUGUGUAUCAUAAGCAGUAUAUUUAAUACCAGAUUAAAGUAGGGUGCAGCAUAUAAUAGGAUAUGAUUCAAGGCCUCCUCUAUCUUUAGACUAGUAGGCUUUUUAUGUGCGUCAUUCUGUAUAAGCCACGUAUCAUAUUUGCUCUGCAUAUUUGUCCGUGAAAUCUCCUGCGGUGCUGAGAUACAGCAGGGCUGACAUCCAAGUGAUUUUCCUUCGCCUAAAGCCUGUUUGCAGUGCGUGUGUACUCCAUCUGGAACCUCCUUUCUGAUUGUCUCAGGCUUUGAGGGCCAUGCACGUUCUGCAGUACUAUUUUCUGUCAGUGCACCAGGGCACCACCUGUACAGACCCUGCUUCUCCUUCCCAUGACCAUAUGAAAGCCUGAAGCGCUGACACCCAUGGAGCUCGUUUAAAUGAUUUAAAGCUCUUAGCCAUAACCGAGAACUGAAUUCCUUCUGGUGAGUGCUUUGCCACCAGCUCUGACCACAGCAAUUUGCACUUCCUUGGCCUGUGCUGAAGGCUGUAAAAAUCAGGGACACUUGUUGUAUUGGGGAUCAUCUUCAGCACUGCCUUUAGUUUUUUUGGUGGGGGUUUUUUUUUGUUUAUUUUUUUGUUUUGUUUUGUUUGGGGUUUUUGCUUUGUUUUGUUUUGUUUCGAUUUGGUUUUGGUUUUUUAUUGCAUUUUUUUUGAGACCUGAAGGUUUUGCUGAACCCUUGCACUGCAGGGGUGGGAUCCUGCAGAGGCCGGGGGACAGUGCAUUUAUUUUUAGGCCAGCAGUGGCUCAAAGGAUGCAAAGAAACUUUAAUUACUAACUGCCUUUUCAGUCUCACUUUGAAAAAGUCUUCACUCCCUUUGCUUCAAAGCUCUUUCUGGCUAGACUUGCUGCUCCAGUCAUGCUGGGAGGUGAGCAAAGAUGGGCUUACACGGAGCAGGAGCAAAGUGCAAGGAAGGAGGCUUGUGGUUAAGAGCUUCUCUGUUGUGCUUACCAUUGCAUUAAAAAAAAAAAUGAAUAAAAUAAAAUACUCCUUUUUGGCAGUUUAAGCUCCAGCUCUUGCAGAUACAAGGGAGUACAAGAAAAUGUGUUUUAGAGAAGUCAGGUCAAAUGUCUACCCAUAAAACAGUGUGGUCUACACCAGUAAUGAGACACAGGAGAGGACUGGUUUUGUUUUUUCAAAGGUGCCUUAGAAGCAGGGACCCACUCCCACGGGAAGCACAUCAGCACCAAAACUCCACUUGAAAACGGCAGACCUUUGCAGAGAGCACUGCCAUUUUGUGCUGAGCCUUUUGUAACUUGCAGAGCUGGGACCUUCAGCUGUAGAGGUGUCUGUCUCGUACCAGCCUCUGCAAAGGGGAUGGAUACCUGUUGUAAUUGAGUGGUUGGUUUUGGCGAGAGGUGGGGGGGGGAGGCCCUGGGGGCGCUCCUUGCAGUGGGAUUCUUUGAAGAUUAGAAAAAGUUAGUGUAGCAACUCGUUAUUUGGCUGUGUGCUGAAAUCAUUCAAUAUCAGGAGGUGGUCCGAGCACCCGUUUCUGGCUGUUGGGAUCUAAGGUUUCUACAGCAUGUGCCUUGAAAGAGGAUAGAAAUGGAAACUGGAAAAUCAGGAAACCUGAAAAGCAUUCUCAGCAGAGAGAUACUAGCAGUGCAAGAAGCUGCUGCAUAGUUUCUCUUCUACUUAAGCCACAAGCCAUGUAAGAACCAAAGCCACUUCUGUUGCUCAUUUUGCCCUUUGGCGCUGACCUUGAUUUCCAGAUCUCACUGUCUCUGUGUAAACUGUAUCAGUCAAACUCAUUAAGUGCUCUCGUCUCUCUACCUGGCCAUGAAAUUUCUCUCCCUGGGAUUUUAUGGGGCCUUGUCUACGAACCUUCAGGCUGCACAGGAGUCAGUUCUGGCCAUGUCCUGUGAUGGGUGGUGUUUUUUCCUCUCCCGUACUGGUAAAACCACUCAAAGUGAUACUGAGUGUAACUAAGGGUUGAAACCCAGAAAAAAUAGCUGCAAAGGAAAUCCUAAUGCUUGGUUUCUUUGGGAUGACUGUCUGCUUGUUAGUGUGAGGUAGGGUCCUGAUACACAGCUUUCCCCAGGAUGUUGCUGUGUACUGGACUGAUUAUGGGUUUCCUGUACAUGUUUUGCUUUUGUAUUUUUAUCAUUUUAUGUAUCAAGGGCUGUGUAAUCCAAUGUUCCUGCUUUACUAUUGAUGUCAAAUAAAGUAUUUUCAGUAAUGA